AUAAGUUUAAAAAAGAAACUUCAACUUUUAUUAUAUUAGGCAUCAUUUUUACACACUCCUUUGAUGCCUAAUUAUGUCUAAUAAUUUAAGAAAUGAAAUUAUUAGACUUCGUCAAAAUGAAAGAAGGCAGGCUAGGCGAGUUGAGAUAAACCGCCGUCGAAAUGAAAGAGAUGAGCCCAGGCGAGCUGAGAUAAAUCGUCGUCGAAUGGAAAGAGAUGAGCCCCGGCGAGCUGAGAUAAAUCGUCGUCGAAUUGAAAGAGAUGAGCCCCGGCGAGCUGAAAUAAAUUGUAAUCAAAAUGAAAGAAAUCAGGCUAGGCGAGAACUUAAUAGGUAUAAUAUGCAUCGCAUAGCAAGAAAUAAUAUUGCUAUAGAGAGUAACUACCUCGGAGAAUUAAACCAUAAUUGUCAGUAUUGCAGUGCAAAGAAGUUUUUAAAUGAAACUCAUUUUUUGUGCUGCCAUUCAGGAAAAGUUGCAUUAGCUCCUCUUUCUCUUUAUCCGCCAUUGUUGACUGGUUUAAUGACAGGAAACCAUGUUGAUCAUGCUGUAAAUCAAAAUUUUUUUAAACACAUAAGGAGUUAUAAUUCCUCUUUAUCUUUUGCUUCCUUCACUGCCGAAAUAACUCCUCCCUCAAAUAAUGGCCCUUUCUGUUUUAGGGUCUGUGGGCAAAUUUUGCAUCGUGUUGGAAAUUUAAGGCCUGCAGAAGGUUGUCUGCCCAAAUAUUGUCAGCUGUAUAUCUAUGAUCCUAAUGCAGCAGUGUCAUUCAGAAUGGAACAACCUGGUAAUGAUGGUUGUAUACAUGAGUUAAUGCAACUCUUGCAAACAUUAAUUAAUCAAGAAAACCCAUUUGCUCUUUCAUUUAAAAACAUGGCAGAAGUAGAGGAUGAAGAAAUCCGCCAAGCAGCUUUAGAAGGUAGACCAACCUCUGUUGUAAGAAUAUCUCUAGCUGCUGCUUCUUCUGUUACAACUGCUUCUUCUGUUAUAACUGCUGCUUCUUCUGUUACAAGCUCGAAGUCAUGGGAAGAUUUCAGAAAGUAUCGCUCCCAGCAUCCAGGCCCUCUAUCUAUGAGGGCCUUCCAUCGCUGGUGUUUGUAUGGGGACGACCAUCCCUCCUUUAGAUGGAGGGAUGGCACCCCAUACAACACGGGGAAUAGAGCGGAUGCUGGGAGGAGAAGACAACGUGGCGCAAAAGUUGUCAAUAAUUUUUUUACAUAUUAAAAUGUAAAGAAAUUGACAACUUUUGAGCCACUUCAUUUUUUUUUUUGUAAUAUAUUUUUGUAAAUUUA